AUGUUGUUGAUGUUGUUGAGGUUGAUGUUGCUGAGGUUGUUCACUCAAUUGAUCAUCGAGAUCGUAGUCAGGUAUGAAUAUAUGUCUUUGUUGCUGUACUGGAGCGCUGGUGAAUGGUCGUUGCUCUUGUUGCAAGCGCUGGUGUUCGUCAUUCUCAGAGAGGGUGUCACCAUGGGUGUCACCAUGGGCGUCAUUGUGGUCAGGGGAGAAUGA